UUGAAUAGAUACAAACAUAAAGUGGAAAUCGUGCGUGUUAUUUUAUUAUUUAAAUGAAUUAUUAACAAAGACUAUUCAAACUAUAAACUAAACAAAUAAUAAAUAUUGUUUAUUGAUAAAAUCAAUUAUUAAAAGGGUAAUAAAAGCUAUAACCAACAUGUCUGUAGCACCCACUGUAGCUCGCAAGUCUUUGCAAACUGCUCGCGUUGUCAUAAUCGGUGCCGGACCUUCAGGUAUAGCGGCCGCUACCAAAUUAUUACAGGCCGGCUGUCAAAAUGUUAUCAUAUUAGAGUCGGAAAAUCGUAUUGGUGGUCGCAUACACACCAUACCCUUUGGCGACAAUGUGGUGGAUUUGGGUGCCCAGUGGUGUCAUGGUGAGAAAAAUAAUGUCAUCUAUGAGACCGUACAAAAGUUGAAAUUGGAUGUGUUGGAGAGCACGGGUAGCAUUUACGAUGACUACAAGUGUAUUAGAUCUAAUAAAGAGAUUAUGGAUGACAAUUUGGCUGAGCAAUUAAAAUCUAUAGCUUUUAAUUCUAUACCAGAAAGGCAAGAUGAUUUGGUGGCUUAUGAAGGCUCCUUGGGUUCCUAUUUGACGGAGAAAUACUGGAGUGAGUUGGAAAAAUUAUCAAUUAAAGUAGAUCGUUCGCUGGCCUUGGAGUUUUUGGAGAACUUUAAGAAAUUUGAGAGUUCAGUGGAAGCAGCCGAUCAUUUAUUUGAAGUUUCGGGCAAAGGCCACUUGGAGUAUUGGCUAUGUGAGGGGGAUCUGUUACUUAAUUGGAAAGAUAAAGGUUUUAAAACCUUUUUGGAAAUACUAAUGAAAGCUGACGCUCAAAAACCCUGGGGCAUAUUGGAAAAGCGCAUAUUACUCAACCAUAGAGUAAAAAAUAUUGACUGGUUGCAAGAAAACCAAAUCAAGAUACAUUGCUUUAAUGGCCAGGUUAUAACAGCAGAUCAUGUUAUAUGCACCACUUCCUUAGGAGUGCUAAAACACAAUCACUCUACACUAUUUACACCCUCUUUGCCAAGACAAAAAAUUACAGCAAUAGAAGGCUUAAAACUGGGCACAGUAGACAAAUUUUUCCUAGAGUUCAAAGAAACCUUUGGGCCACCGGAGUGGUCGGGCGUUGGAUUCCUUUGGCUAGAAAAAGAAUUACAGGAAUUAAGAAACUCCGAGUUAUUCUGGCUAGAAAGUGUGUUUGGUUUCUAUCGGGUCUCCCAUCAACCUAGAGUCUUGGAAGGCUGGAUUAUAGGACCACAUGCCCGUCAUAUGGAAUCAUUGUCGGAGGAUGAAGUCUUAAAUGGUCUUUUGUGGUUGUUUAGAAAAUUCUUUACAUUCCCUGUACCCCAACCCAUCAACUUUAAACGUACUCAAUGGUAUUCCAAUGCCAGUUUUCGUGGCAGCUACACUUUCCGUUCCAUGUAUACGGAUGAGUUGCGUACUGGUGCCUGGGAUUUGGCUGCGCCUUUAACGGAUGUUCAGGGCAAACCUAAACUGCAAUUUGCUGGUGAAGCUACGCACAAUCAUUACUAUUCCACUGUGCAUGGUGCUGUGGAGUCUGGUUGGCGUGAAGCUCAACGUUUGGAGGAUUUUUAUAAACUGGUGCCAUCUCAGUUGUAAAUUUUGUUAGAAUGGGAAGGUGCAUAAAUGCAUAGUUUAAAAUUGUAGAAAUUUUAAUUAUAAAAUAUGUACAAUAUUUAAUCUUCUUAUCUUAAAUCAUUUAUAAAUGCAAUAUAAAUUUAAAAGCAGUACUUAUUUUUUUUUUUACGGUUUAAUAUUAAAUUUUAUGUGACGCCUAAAAUUAUGCUUUUUUAUCUUAAUUUUUUUUCAGUAACAUGUACAAAAUAUUAAUAUUUGUUUAAUAAACCUUUAAGACUUCUGCCGUGUAAUUAAAAUAAAACAAAGCUAUUAUAAAUAAAUAUAUUUAAAAGAAAGAAA